AUGGCCUCAGUGCCCACUCUGGGCUCCGAGGCCCCUGACUUAUUUCCUGGGCUGCAGCCGGCGGCCUCAACUCUGGCCAACCAGAGCGCAGAGGCCUCGGCGGGUAACGGGUCAGCGGCUGGCCCGGAUGCUCAGGCCGUCACGCCAUUCCAGAGCCUGCAGCUGGUGCAUCAGCUGAAGGGGCUGAUCGUACUGCUCUACAGCAUCGUGGUGGUCGUGGGGCUGGUGGGAAACUGUCUGCUGGUGUUGGUGAUCGCGCGGGUGCGUCGGCUGCACAACGUGACCAAUUUCCUCAUCGGCAACUUGGCUUUGUCCGACGUGCUCAUGUGCACCGCCUGCGUGCCGCUCACGCUGGCCUACGCCUUCGAGCCUCGCGGCUGGGUGUUUGGCCGCAGCUUGUGCCACCUGGUCUUCUUCCUGCAGCCCGUCACCGUCUACGUGUCUGUGUUCACGCUCACCACCAUCGCCGUGGACCGCUACAUGGUGCUGGUGCACCCGCUGCGCCGGCGGAUCUCGCUGCGCUUCAGCGCCUACGCGGUGCUGGCCAUCUGGGCGCUGUCCGCGGUGCUGGCGCUGCCCGCCGCCGUGCACACCUACCACGUCGAGCUCAAGGCGCACCGCGUGCACCUCUGCGAGGAGUUCUGGGGGUCUCAGGAGCGCCAGCGCCAACUCUAUGCUUGGGGGUUGCUGCUAGUCACCUACCUGCUCCCCCUGCUGGUCAUCCUCCUGUCUUAUGUCCGGGUGUCGGUGAAACUCCGGAAUCGCGUGGUGCCAGGCUGCGUGACCCAGAGCCAGGCCGACUGGGACCGCGCACGACGCCGACGCACCUUCUGCCUGCUGGUGGUGGUCGUGGUGGUGUUCGCCGUCUGCUGGCUGCCGCUGCACAUCUUCAACCUGCUGCGGGACCUCGACCCUGGGGCCAUCGACCCGUACGCCUUCGGGAUAGUGCAGCUGCUUUGCCACUGGCUUGCCAUGAGCUCAGCCUGCUACAACCCCUUUAUCUACGCCUGGCUGCACGACAGCUUCCGUGAGGAGCUGCGCAAGCUGUUGUUGGCCUGGCCCCGAAAGAUUGUGCCACACCACCAGAGCAUGACAGUCAGCGUGAUCAUCUGA